GCAGGCUGCCGAGCCGCACGCGUUCUCGCUCGCCGCGCGCCCGCCGCAGUCCGCCCGCGCCCGGCCCGCUCGGCCCGCCAUGCCAUCGCCGCCCGCGGCGGCACAGCGAGCCCCGAGGACCCGCAGCAACGCCGCCGGCAGCGCGAGUGCGCGCAGUGUAGCAUGAUGAUCGGCGGCGGCCUCGCACCGGCCCCCGGCGCGGCCAAGGACGCCGGCCAGCCGCCCGAGCGCCGCCCGCGCGCCAGCCUCAGCCCGGCCGCGCCCGCGCCGGCGCGCGACGACGACUCCAACAACAACAGCCAGGCGAGCCGGCACGAGGCCGAGCAGCAGCAGGCCCGCGGCGAGGCCCGCGAGGAGGUCCGCGCGCGCAAGCCCGAGCAGGCUCCGCAGCCGGGCGUCGCGCGGCCCUGGGAGCACCGUCCGCCGGCCGCCGCCAGCCAGCAGCAGCAGCAGCAGCCGCAGCUGUCCCAGCUGCCGUCCUCGCUCAUCGACGGCAUCAACGCCGCCGCGGCAGCGGCCGCCGCCGCCGCCGCCGCCUCCGCCUCCUCGGGCGGCUCGUCCAGGCAGCGGGUGCUCGAGCUGUCGCACGGACUGGGCGCCCUCAGGCACUACAGCGACUUGGCCAACCACGUGAUGUCGCUCAACCAGCACGGCGCCGUCGUCACCAAGCUCCUCGGCACCCUGCGCCCACCGGGCCUCAUCGGCGGCAGCAAGCCCAAGGUGGCCACGCCCGCCGUCGUCUCCAAGAUCGAGCAGUACAAGCGCGAGAACCCCACCAUCUUCGCCUGGGAGAUCCGCGAGCGGCUCAUCUCCGAGGGCGUCUGCAGCAACGCCACGGCGCCCUCGGUCAGCAGCAUCAACAGGAUCCUGCGCAACCGCGCGGCCGAGCGCGCGGCGGCCGAGUUCGCGCGCGCCGCCGGCUACGGGCUGUACGCCGCCGGCGGGCCCGCGGCCGCGCAGCCGCCGCACCAGCAGCACCAGCAGCACCAGCACCCGCAGCAGCAGGCCGCGCAGCCCGCGGCGCCGGGCUGGCCCGGCCCGCCCGGGCCCGCGCACCCCUGGCUCUUCCCCGGCGGCCUGGCGGCCGCCGCCGCCGCGGCCGGCAUCGGCGCGCCCGGCUCGGCGCUGCUGCUGCAGCCGCCGCUGCCCUCGGCUGCCGCGGCCGCCGCAGCCGCCGCCGCGGCCGCCGCCGCCGCCGCCAGUCCCGAGCACGCGUUGCACGCCGUCGACGCCAUCGCCAGAGGCUACCUGCACCAAGAAGGAGAGGCCGAGGACGGCAGCCUGGACGGCUCGGAGCAGCCCAAGUUCCGGCGCAACCGCACAACCUUCAGCCCCGAGCAGCUGGAGGAGCUGGAGAAGGAGUUCGAGCGCUCGCACUACCCGUGCGUGUCGACGCGCGAGCGGCUGGCCUCCAAGACCUCGCUGUCGGAGGCGCGCGUGCAGGUCUGGUUUUCCAACAGACGCGCCAAGUGGCGGCGGCACCAGCGCAUGAACCUGCUGAAGCGCUCGCCGCCGCAGCCGCAGCCGCAGCCGCAGCCGCAGCCGGCCCCGGCGCCCGCGCUGGCCGCCUCGUCGCUGGGCAGCGGCGAGAAGAGCGCCUUCCGCGCGGUGCAGCCGCCGCAGAAGCCCUCGGCCUUCCGCGCCAUCAGCCAGCUGCUGGCGCCGCGGGCGCGCUCCUCGGACGACGACGAGGAGGAGAUCCGCGUGCAGGACGACUCGCCGGGGCCGCCGGGCCGCGCCGCCGCCGCCGCCGCCUGGGAGGCGCAGGCGCGCUGGGCCGAGCAGCAGCCGCUCGAGCUCACCAAGCACGACCGCUGACGCGCCGCCGGCCGCUCCCGGAGGCGCCCCGCCGCCAGCCGCCCGACGAGACUACGAGAUCGGUGUAACGCGUGGUGCUCUCGCUAAGCCUAUGGGGGCAUCGCCGAUUGGCCUCGGGUCAAGCUGCAGCUGGCGAGAAGCUCGGCGACGACCAACGACGCUCCGCCGCCACGUAGCUCCAAGCCCAGGACGGCCGUGGUGCGUCUCAAGCGAGAUUCACGGCGGCGGACAGUGCGGACUGCGCCGAUAAAGACUUUGUCCCGCUAUACGCAUAAGCAUGUGACACUGUGCUGCUGAUGAAUAAAGAGCAAUCGUGCCGUCGACCACAAUUGCG